AACUGUUCUCAAAUUUGGAGAAAUGACAUCAAAUUGACAAGUUUCCAGUCAAACCAUUAAUUUAGAAGCCGGUCAUUGGGUGUGAAGAAAGCUUGUGUUGCCUUGGGAGAUGGAAUACUUGUUUUUCUCCGUACUUCUGCAGCCCAUGUGAAGACCAGCAAUAAGCACAAACAUCCUUUGGCCUGAUUCACCUUGUAGUGAAUGUUAUGGAAGCUGACGGCAGCACCUUGCUGGGAUGUUCCUGCACCCUGAGUACAGAAAACCACACGGAUGAAGACUCCAACCUGACUUGGGAAUGUAAGAGAAGAGUCAAAGCAUCGACUGAGGGGUUGACACUUGUUUCCUCCUCAAAAAUGCUGAUGUGUGUCCUCACAUCAGAGCAUUACAAGCGAGUACAAUGGAGAAAAGCAGACCACACACCAAACUUGGUGCCGCUUUCUCCAGAGGUGCCGCCACCAGAACAUCUGAGGGGAAUCAUCCAACAGCUCUUCCCAUGCGACUGGACGCAGUCACGGGUGACGAGCGUCUUCCUGCGCACGAGCAGUUGCAGGAAAUGCUGCGAGGGAAACUGCGCAUUCAGCAGGCCGACAGCGCUCAACUCGGCGCUCUCUUGAUGGAGUUGUCGUGUAACCUUGUCGCCGUUGAUAGCGAAGACCAAGUGGUUUUUGUCACCUUCAAAACAUUGGAGGAAGUCUGGAAGUUCACAACGUAUUACACGCUGGGUCUGCUCGGUCAUUUCAUGGAACAUCUGAUGUUCGACCAAAAGAUGUGGCUCAUCUCCAUGGAAAAGCAUCUUGGAAUCCAGGUUUCUAUUCCGGAGGACACGCUUCAAGUUCUCUACAUGUGCGUUCUCACGGAAGAAGCGUCGCUGUUUGCACGCUGCGCGACCGGCCAGGUGUUUGACAGCUGCACCUCCGGAGGCGACCUGUACCUAGAGCGGGGCGACGUGGCACUCUUCGAGCCCCCAUUCCUCGACUCGGGUUGGACCGUUCUCCGCCUGGCCGACGGGGUCAGAGGCACCGCGCCUGAACCUGCGCUGGAACCCCUCGUACCUUUUCACCAGUGGUUUCUCAAGUCUUGUUCAGAGAACGUUUUGGUGGGUGAUGGCAAACCGACACGUGACCUCCGUUUGCACUUUGCCACAGGAACAUGCAUGGUGACGACGCAGUACGACGCAGAAGGUCCGGACGAGCUAAGCGUGGUACCCGGCGAUUGCAUCACCAUCGCUGGACGAUUGGUGUCCUGUCACGACUGGUUCUUGGGCGUGAAGGAGGAAACGGAGGAAGCGGGUCUUGUGAGGACAAGCCUGGUGGAACUAUCUAGUGACACCUAUGAUUCUGAAGAUGUUCUUCUCAACGAGGAAGAAAUGAGCUGCAUCAUGCUGCAAGAGGACAACGUCACGGAGGAAAUGAUGACCUUCCUCCAGAGGAUAAUCCAAAGUCAUACUGGACACAAGUACAAACUAGAUUUGUUUGGUCUUCAAGAAUCUGAGAGGAGUCAUUCCAGUGAACCUUGGACGACACUUGAACCUGACGCCAAAGAAAAUACAGAGGAACUUCUUGAUGGAGAAAAGCAUCCACCUGAGAGUGUCUACCAAGAGACCCAGGAGGAUGCUACUGAUCCUGUCGCUCGCCAACUCGUUCCUCAUAUCGACUUUCAUCCGGCUGAAGAAAGACAAAACGGAGAGAACGAGUCUUUGCUGAUGUCUUUUUUAGAAGAACGGGAUUUCAAAGAUCAGUUCAGAGUCCUUUACACGCAAAGUCCUGAACUUCUGUCCUCGACGGUCUUCUGUAGUCGCUGGCACGAGGACGAUUUGAUUUCCUUUUUGUCCGUCGCUAGGGAAACUGCUCGGAAGAAGCGGUUCUUGUGGGCCCAGACUCGUUUGUGCUUUCUCUUGGGCAAGUUCUGCGCGGCCCAGACCAAAUUUAGCCAGGCCCGCGUUUAUUUUGAAGAGGCUCUGGGCGUGCCUCGAGAAAUUUUUCACGAUCUCAGGCUGCUGGCCAGCAUUUACUCCAACCUGGCCGCUAUUUAUCUUUUACAGAAGAACACUGAGAGCUUCUUCGGUCUGGCUGAGCGACUCGCGGCCUUGUUAAUGGGAACGCCGUACUGUCUGGAAUGCGUGAAGGAAAGUUCAGUUCUAGAAUACGCCCUCAAGAAAGCAAUUCUGUCUCAAAACGCAAUGGCUGAGGCCCGAGCAUGUUGUCUUCUGGCAACGCACCAUUGGACUUGUAAAGAACGCGGAAAAGUCAUCCCCUACCUCGAGAGGUUCCUUGUUCUUUACGCUGGAGCUGAGGGAAAGGUCUCCUCCAGUGGAGUACAUCUAACCCUGGGGAGGCUGUUUAGGGAAAUGGGUCUACCUUAUCUGAGUAUUUGCUCAGCCGGAAGAGCAUCGUGGCAUCCUUCUGCGACGCUGACGCACAGCCUUAGCAGCCUUCUUCUCGUUUCGGACCACACCGUGGAGAAGAACUCUUUCCCGGCGCACUUGGCUCCGUAUUUACACCGCUGCCUUUCUUUGACCGACAGCCAAGCAGCGUCAUGCCUAAGAACACAUUUAGCGCUGAAGCACCAGCUGACAGUUUGUCUUUCACGGCUCUUUUACCGGCACGGGAUGAUCGACCACGCCAUCAGACUAAUGCGCGAUCUGGUGGACGACGCUCUUCUGCCGAACGAUGUGGCAGAACGGAAGAGUGCCCUCAUCUGGCUGGCGUGGCUCCACAUCCAUGACGGUCGACCAAGCACCGGGCUUCACAUCUUGGAGUCGGUCUUGGCUGAACUGCCGGAGCACUGCACCACGCCGCUGGAAGGGCUGGUGCUCAAUAUGCGUGGCGUGGCUCUCAGGUGCACAGGGGACCUUCGCAGGGCGGCGCAGAGCUACAGAGCCGCAGAAGACGUCUGCAGGGAGUACCAGGACAUACCAAAUUGGGCGAUUGUUCACGCAAAUCUCGGCCUGCUGUGCCUCAAGGCUGGAGCGAAGGGGCUAGCGCAGAAGCACCUGAUGGAGUCGGUGCAGCUCUUCUCAGCACGAGCCGAAGGCCACGAGACGAGCUUCAUCGCCGUGCUGCUAGAACUGGGGCGACACUGCGUGAACGAGCGACGGAUGCAUCACGCAAAAGGAUGCUACGAGUGGGCUUUGCUACUGGCCAUCAACUCCAACCUCGACGAGUGCCAACUGACUGCGCUCAGAUGUCUGUGCCAACUGUACGAGCGGGAAAGUCCCGACCGGGUCUGCCGUCUCAUCUACGGCCUGCACCAGGUCCGUCUGCUUCAAGGUACGCCAGACCGGGAACAGGAGGGUGAAGCACUGGAGGCCAUUAGCCAGCUCUUCCUCUCGCUGGCCACACACAGAGCCUACCGCACCGCUCUGGAGCACACCAAGAGCAGUCUUGCGAUUUUCAUCGAUCUGGGCCGCAGAGAGAAGGAAGCGUACGGGUGGUUGCGGGCCGCCAAGAUCUACCACCUCCUUGGCCAAGUGGAACUAGUGGACCUUUACGUACAGGCAGCUCAAGACGUCGCUCUGAGCACCGGAGACACCAAGUUCAUCUUGGAGCUCCUCGAAGCUGCCGGAGACAUCUUCUUUGACAGCGGACACCAUCAAGACAAGGCGGUUGUCUAUUACAGGGAUCGCGCGCUUCCCAUUGCGAUGAGAAGUGGCGCCGCAUACAGCCGGCUGAGGUUGUGCAACAAGCUGACGGAAGUCCUGCUCGCUCUCCGACUCUACGCAGAAGGUGUGGCGUUCGCGCACACCGCGCUGGAAAUUAGCAUCACCUUGGGCGAGCGCCUGAACGAGCGAGUAGCCCACCACCGUCUGGCGUCGGCGUACCAGCGUUUGGGCCAGUGGGAGCUGGCCGAGCACUAUUUCCUCAAAACUUUGAGCCUCUGCCCGGCUCCUCUGCAGUUCGACGAGGAAGCGCUCUACUACAUGAGAGUCUAUCGGACCCUCGGGGACAUCCUCUUCUACAAUCUUAAGGAGCCGUUCGACGCUGCGGGCUACUACCACUUGGCGUUGGCGGCAGCCAUGGACGUGGGCAGCAAAAAGUGGCAACUGCUACUGUGCACCCGCCUCGCCGCCCUGUACCACAACUUCCUGCUGGACCGCCACCUCUCACUCUUCUUUUACAAGAAGUCCAGAAGCCUGGCCGCGGAACUCAACGCCAGGAGGGGCAACGUGGCGGCAAGUGGCGCCAAUGGUUACUAGGGUGCGCCAUCAACCGGUAUUGCCCUUCACAUUCAAGGACUCUAAUCACUUGUGGCUAACGGUCCUGUUACCACGAGAAGCAUAAAAGAUAGCAAACUACAUUUGAACAAGGAGACUGGAGUAAACGGCGCGUUCGCUUUGAGGAGAUGCUAAAAAUAUCCGCGAGACUGACCAACGGGUUUGAGAGGCAGACAUAUUUAGAGCAUCUACUUAUUUUAGCGCUGCGCGAAAUUAUAUUUAGCUGCCAUGUACUAUGCGAGUCCUUAACCUGGAAUACGCUAAAAUGAAUAGCCCCGAAACUGUUAAGACGUGACAAAAAUGUCAAAAUGGAUUGGAUAUCCAUCGAGAUGAACAGUAUGAGACAUAAAGAGGAGCGAAUGUCACAAGUCGAUGUAGGAGGUAAGGAGAUUGAUGAUGUCUUGUGCCCAGUCAGUGUUGCUGCAGUAGCAAUUAGAUAAGAGGUCUGCAUCAGCAGUCAGUCAGUCCGGAGCAAUGCUAUUAGCGAUGUAUCACAAAACCAAGCUGACGUGAACAUGGACGACACUCUUUUGGAGAAAAAGACUGUUUAAAAGGAUUUUUAUGGUCGUUUGAAUGUCAAUUAUUUUUGGUUGUUUCCACCGAAAACUGAACUAGUGACAGCCUUCAGCCUAGAGUAGCACAAUAGUGCUUGUUCUUGUAAAAUGGUUGAACAUUCAAAAGUUUCAAAAAUGUGGUGCUCUUGGCUUCUACAACUCCAAGCAAAAAGAAUCACCAGCCUCGGACGAGCACUGAGACAUUUUAUCAUGUGGAACAA